GUAUCAUAUAAGCCACCAGAGUGUUUUUCUCAAUCCAAUCAUACACACCAUAUUACCUAAAAAAAAUACUCAACAACUAAACCCAAACCAAAACAAGCUAGUUUAGCUAAUCAAAAACACUAAAAUCUCUUUCUCUUUUUUUUGGCCUUUUUUAUUAUUCUAGCUAGGAGUUAGUCAUGGCUGGAGCUGAAGCUACAAAAUAUGCUUCUUCUGCUACAAGUCCAACAACCACUGCGGCAAACAACAUGGCCACCAAAUCGAACAAACCAACCAUCAGAAGGUUCAUUGGGGUGAGGCAAAGACCCUCAGGAAGGUGGGUGGCUGAGAUCAAAGACUCUUCUCAGCACGUGAGAUUAUGGCUUGGAACCUAUGAUACUCCAGAAGAGGCCGCAAGGGCUUAUGAUGAAGCAGCACGAGCUCUGAGAGGUGAAAAUGCUAGAACCAACUUUGCACCAGUGAGCCAAGUCAUACUGGGUCAACAACAAUCAGGCUCUAAUAAUAACCUUUCAACUGGGUCUGAUAUUGGGAAGCAUGGUUUGAGCUUUGCUUCCUUGAAGGCCAAGUUGAGCAAGAAUCUUCAGAACAUUAUGGCUAGGGCAAGUGAUCACAAUAACAACAACAAGUCCUCAAAGAGUAGGGUGAGUGACCACUUCACCUUUGCCAGCAUCUUCCACCGUAGGAGCUACCAAAUCCCUGAAGGGGACACGAUGAAGAACAUUGACAAAGUGGUGCAGCCUAGUAUUAUUGUGCCUCCUAUGGAAGCUGGUGGUGUUGGUGACUAUAAUUCUUCUGUUGCUAAUUGGGAAAGUGCUUCUAGUGUCUCUGAUUGCAGCUCUGAAUGGGUAGGAUUCGGGAAUUCGAAACUCGGGUUGGAGUCGGACGGGUAUGAGAUAGGGGAGGCUAGUGUUGGUGAUCAAGGGUUCUUGGAGCAGUUAAUGGGGUGGAUUGAAACCCCUGAUAUUAGUGAUCAUCAAGGUGAGGGUUCAAGGAGUAAGAGGUUCAAGGUGUCUUCUUCUGUGCUUGUGCCACCUACUUUCACUGGCUCUUCUUAUGAUUGUGGAUCCCCUUUUAGUGGUUAUGCCUCUCCUUAUAAUAACGGUUAUGCUUCUCCAUAUAACAACGGUUGUGCCUCCCCUUGUAAUGGUUAUGCUUCUCCGUAUUACAAUAAUAAGAAGUGAAUGAAACUGGAAGCACAUGUACUGAUAUAUAAUCAUGGAGCCAGGUUUUGAAUAUCUUCAAAAAGUGGGAAGCAUAAGAGAAUAACUACUUGUUUCGGUGAAGGAAAGUUAAUGUUCACUGCAUGUAUAUAGAAAAGAUACAGAAAAGAGAACUUGGUUCUGGGAAAAAGGUUAAUUUUGUCAUGGACAUGAAAUUAAUGAUGCAAGUUUGGCUAGCUGCAAAAUUAACUCUCUUUUGAUCAAGUUGGAUUUUAUUAUAUCUGUACUGUUUGUGAUAUGUAACAUACAUAUGAACAUCAGGCUAGGAUAGUUUGAGUUUGAAAGCACAAAGGGGCAUGUGAUGUACAUGGAUGUGCCUAUAUAUGUGUAUGUAAUAUAUAUACAUCCUUGUAUGAAAAUAUAUUGGCAAUUACUUUUCAGUCAAAA